CGCUUCCCGGCGCAGUCGCCAGCCGUCACCAUCACCGCCGCCGCGGCUUGCUGGCGAGCCCCACCGGCCCGCGUCACCGCUCUGCGCGCUCCCUGCACCUCCCCGGCUGCAGCAGUCCGAGAAAGCGAAAGCCAGGCGGCCCCGGCACUCGCGAUCGCGCCGGCUCUGUUGCUCAGCCCGGUGCCUACUCCAGGGCUGUACGCACCGCGCCGGCGGCGGCUGAACCCGCACGGAGAGGGUGCGGGAGCCGCGGGGCCACGGGGCUUUGGGCGGCUGCUGCUCGGCCUUGGGGGAGGCUUGUUCCAGCUCGCCGUUCCGUCCCGGGCCUGGCCGGUGAGCCGCGCGCAGUAUGGGCAGAUGCUGCUUCUACACGGCGGGGACGCUGUCUCUGCUGCUGCUGGUGACCAGCGUCACGCUGCUAGUGGCUCGAGUCUUUCAGAAGGCGGUAGACCAGACUAUCGAGAAGAAUAUGGUAUUACAAAAUGGCACCAAGGUCUUUAACUCCUGGGAGAAGCCCCCUCUACCUGUGUACAUCCAGUUUUAUUUCUUCAAUGUCACCAAUCCUGAGGAGAUCCUCCAAGGAGAAAUCCCCCUACUAGAAGAAGUGGGGCCAUACACCUACAGGGAGCUCCGGAACAAGGCAAAUAUUCAGUUUGGAGAAAAUGGAACAACUAUAUCUGCUGUCACCAAUAAGGCCUAUGUUUUUGAACGAAACCAAUCUGUUGGAGAUCCUAACGUUGACUUGAUUAGAACAAUAAAUAUUCCUCUGUUGACUGUCGUGGAACUGGCCCAGCUGCCCCUCCUCAGGGAGAUCAUCGAGGCCAUGUUGAAAGCCUAUCAACAGAAGCUGUUCGUGAUUCACACCGUGCACGAACUGCUCUGGGGCUACAAAGACGAGAUCUUGUCCCUCGUCCAUAUCUUCAAGCCUGACGUCUCCCCGAAUUUCGGCCUGUUCUAUGAGAGAAAUGGAACUAAUGACGGGGAGUACGUCUUCCUGACUGGAGAAGACAAUUACCUUAAUUUUUCAAAAAUCGUGGAGUGGAAUGGAAAAACGUCGCUGGACUGGUGGACCACAGACACAUGCAAUAUGAUUAACGGGACAGAUGGAGACUCAUUUCACCCGCUGAUAAGCAAGAAUGAGGUCCUGUACCUCUUCCCAUCUGACUUCUGCAGGUCGGUACAUAUCACUUUCAGCGGCUUUGAGAACGUAGAAGGACUGCCUGCUUUUCGGUAUAAGGUACCUGAAGAAAUACUAGCCAAUACCCCCGAAAAUGCUGGCUUCUGUAUACCCGAGGGAAACUGCAUGGACUCAGGAGUGUUGAAUGUCAGCAUCUGCAAGAACGGUGCACCCAUUAUCAUGUCUUUCCCACACUUUUACCAAGCCGAUGAGAAGUUCGUUUCUGCCAUAAAAGGCAUGCAUCCCAACAAGGAAGAACAUGAGUCGUUUGUGGACAUCAAUCCUUUGACUGGAAUUAUUUUGAGAGGGGCCAAGAGAUUCCAGAUCAAUACUUAUGUUAGGAAACUGGAUGACUUUGUUGAAACGGGAGACAUCAGGACUAUGGUUUUCCCAGUGAUGUAUCUCAAUGAGAGUGUCCUCAUUGACAAAGAGACUGCAAAUCAACUGAAGUCUGUGAUUAACACAACUUUGGUUGUCACCAACAUACCCUACAUCAUCAUGGCACUGGGCGUGUUCUUUGGCUUGGUUUUCACGUGGCUGGCAUGUCGAGGACAGGGGUCUAUGGAUGAGGGAACUGCAGAUGAAAGAGCACCCCUCAUACGAACCUAAUGGGACUUCCCUGUUGCCUGAGCUUGGUGAGAGAGAUGUGAGAAUUGCCCCGACCUGGACCAGGACAGGGGAAACCCUGCAUCCUCAUGGGCUCCUGGCCUGUCAAGAAGGAAACGUAGCACCGACAAGCGAGAAGCCCCUCCUGGUCAGAGGAAAAUGAGCAGGGUGACAUGGCUGGCAAUUCUGCUUUAUAAAAUCGUGUCUCUAAAACUGUGUUCAUGUGUCUAGGAAGUAUUUAAUAGACGUGUGUAGAAA